UUAUAGCACACCAUACCACUCACAAACCCAACAGCAAAUCUUUCGCCUCUGUUUUUCUUCUCUUUUGUUUGCCAUUUGGUUUUUUAAUAGAAUUUUUUCAUUUUUUUUACCGCAUUCCGGCCAUAAUUCAGUGGACCUUUUCCCGCCUCUUUGGUUUGUACCGGUGACAAUAACAUACGACCAUGACGAUGCACAACAAACAGGCAGUCAUCGCCAUGAUUGAGCAGGCAUCCUCCCAGGACCCGACGCAAGUGGCCCAGGCCGAGCAGAGUCUCGGUAGGUGGGAAACAAAACCAAUGUUCUACGCUACACUAUUUGAUAUUUUCGCCGAUCGAUCGUUGCCCAUGCAAGUGCGCUGGCUGGCCAUCAUCAACCUAAAGAACGGUGUCGAAAAGUAUUGGAAAAAGACUGCGCAGCACGCCAUCCAAAUUGAAGAAAAGGAGCUAGUGCGCCCGCGCCUUCUCGAUGUUUUGGAUGAAGAAAACCCGCAGAUUGCUGUGCAGUACUGUGUGACCAUAUCGCGCAUCGCGCGCUGGGAGUUUCCGAGAGUGUGGCCAGAGUUUAUCGAUGUGCUGAUGGCCCGAAUCAAGCACAUUGCUGUUGACAGCGGAUCGGCCGCCCGCGGCUAUGUGACAGAGCAUAAUGCACUAUACACGCUACAUCUAUUCAUCAAGACGCUGUGCCAGCGGACACUGGCAGCCGAGCGGCAGGCGUUCAGGCGACUCACGCCGAUGGUGUUCUGCAUUGUGGCGCCGAUCUAUGCCGAACGUAUCAGACAGUUUAACGAAGUUUUGCGGGCGGGCAACGGUAGCGAAUUGCACGCGUUGUUAAAGUCUAUCAGACUGUGCAUCAAGACACUGCGCCGGCUGCUGGUAUUCGGGUACGAGAAGAUCGAGGAGGCGGACCCUGCCGCACAGGAAUUCUAUAUGGCGACUGCUGGGCACCAGGCUGCGUUUUACAAACUAUUUGCCGACCUGUCAGCCGAACACCGCGACUCUGCAGAUGGCCUGGUGCUGCGGAAGAUCGUGUUGCUAUACGGCAAGCUGUACUUGGAGUUCCAAAAAUACCAUGCCUUGCGCUUUAUUACCAUGAGCUGCGUCAAACCGAUGUUAGCGUGGUACUGGGCACAGAUCCAAAGCGAGGCGCCCAAAAUGAUCUCGUCGCCUACCGAUCCUGACAGCGCACAGGAGCUGACCCUCGAGCCAUUGCUGAUCCAGGGCCUGGAGCUAUACAAGAAUGUGGUCAAAAAUUUUUUCUAUGUCAUUGAUGAAGGCGUCGAAGAUAAGGAUAGCGCGGUCAAGCGCUGCAGGCAGGUCAUAGACAAUGAUAUCCUGGUGCCUGCGUUUAUCACCCAGAUGGCCGUGACGCUGAUCAACUUUUAUAUUCCGCUCAAGGCCAGGGAUCUGGAAAAGUGGGAGGACGACCCCGAGGCGUGGCUGGUCGAGGAGGACUCGGACUACUGGGCGUUUGAUGUGCGCCGUAGCGCAGAGCGUCUGUUUGUAGAUAUCGUCGACCAGAAUCGCUCGUUGAUGGUGCCAGAGCUCGUCAAUAUGCUUCAGCAGGGCGUUAUUGUGGCAAACACGGAUGCUGCCUUUUACCAACGCGAGGGAUUGUACUCAGCACUUGGCUUGUGCGCCAACCAGAUUUACGACGGGAUGGACUUUUGCCAGUGGCUCAAGGAGCAUCCAGUGAUCGAUUCGCCCAUGGGCGUGGUCAAGUGGCGUAUUGCCUGGCUCAUUGGAAAGUGGGUUCCUGUCAAGCUCCCUGUUGAAGAGCGCGGGUACGCAUACUCGGUCUUGCUGCAGCUGGCCCAGCGCGGCGAGCCGCUGAUUGUGCGGAUGGAGGCGCUGGGCAGCCUUCUGCUCUGCGUCGAUGACUGGGACUUUAACGCAGAGCAAUUUGCCCCGUAUUUGGAGGCCAGCAUCGAGAGUAUCACCAGUGUCCUGGGUGAUGUUAACAUGGCCGAGAGCCGGAUGCGGAUCGUCAACUUCUUGAGCACCCUGGUAUGCCGCAUGCAGCGCGAAAUUGUGCCGUUUGCUGAGAACAUCGUCAAGCUGAUUCCGCCGCUGUGGCAGAGCGCCGCGCAAGAGAAUCUGUACCAGACCACGAUACUGAGCCUAGUCACCAAGCUGGUCGAGGCACUUGGCGCGCAGUCUGUGGUUCUGCAGCAGUUUAUCGCGCCCCUGGUCCAGCACAGCAUUGAUCUGAACGAUCCAGCGCACGUGUAUCUGAUCGAGGAUGGCUUGGAGCUGUGGCUGGCACUUGUGCGCAACGCGUCUGCCUUGGAUCCCAGCAUAAUGGCGCUGCUGCAAAAUAUUCCUAGUCUUCUGCAGUAUGGUACAGAGACACUCAGAAAGAUCCUAAAGAUCAUCGAGAGCUACGUGCUAAUCGACGGUGCUGGGAUAUUUGCAGAAAGCGGCUUGAUGCUUCUCUGCGCGCUUAACGACCUGGUUUCUGACAAUAAAUUGGCGGCUCGCGCCAUAGCUGCUGGUUACACGACGCUGCAUGUCAUUGUGCAGUGCGUACCAAUGGAGGCCUGCGCGCAGCCGCUGACACAGUCGAAUCUUUUGUGGACUGCGUUUACGCGUAUCGUGGACAAAAGGGAAACUGCGCAGCUAUUGAUAUACCAUGCUGUGUUUAUGUCGAGAUUGGCCGUCCAUUAUCCUGCUCUGUUUGGCGAGUUUUUGGCUUCCCAGGACGCUUCUCUGAGCAGCACGUUUACUGAAAACUGGAUCGAUCUGUACGACGAUGUUGGCCAGAUCACUCAACGCCGACUCUAUGCUAUCAGCCUGGCUGUAGCCAUCGCGACCACCAAUGAUGGUAUUUUGAAGAAUCUGCCGUCAAUGGUGCCAAUCUGGAACGACAUUAUUUCCGACACUGGCUCGUCGCUGGUGUACUUUUCAGACGUUGACGACGAUAUGCCGGAAGGCUAUGGUGAGGUCAUGGUGGCCGAGAACCAAAGGCGCCAGAAGAUGUUAUCCAGCGAUCCCGCGCACAAAUUCGAUAUCAAGGAGGUUUUGGCUCAGAGCAUAGCAGAAUGUGAACGGCUGAACGGCCCCGAGAGGUUUCAAGCAAUUGUCGCACAGAUUGACGUGGUCGACCUGGAAGACCUGAAGAAUCAGCUCAGCUGAUUGCAUUGAUUAACAAUAAAACUUUCUUCCAUGAAAAAAUGGCAAUAUGCGUCUGUCCAAUUUCGUUUUUUCGCAGUGUUGUAUUCACGUGACAAUAUUGCAUAAAGCGAUAAAUACUUGCAAAAAUGUCGAGUUUUGCACAAGCGUUUUUAGGGUGCAUGCAUUUAAUAUUUCCUUGUCUUU